AUGGUUUCCUUCCUAUCUUGCAGACAGGACACAGUUUGUACACAUUCAGAAUUAUUGUACUGCUUUCCUGACAACAACUCAUCAUGCAGAAAGGAGGUCCGAACAGGCCCUGGAAAUAUAUUUUUGUUUAGUUUUCUGUCUUGUAUAUCUGUUUGCACUGUGUUUUUGAACUUGCUUGUGAUCUUAUCUAUCUCUCACUUCAAGCAGCUCCAUACCCCUACCAACCUACUCAUCCUCUCUCUGGCUGUGGCCGAUCUUCUCGUGGGACUUGUUUUCAUGCCUGUGAAUACAAUGCAACUAAGAGACAGCUGUUGGUAUCUUGGUAAAAUGGCAUGUACAAAUGUUCUAAUAAUCAAUUUUAUCUCAAUGUCAGCAUCUCUGUGCAAUAUGGUUUUCAUUGCAGUUGAUCGGUACAUUGCAGUCAGUGAUCCUCUGCUAUAUUCCACUAAAGUCACAGUUCGUAAAAUGUCUUUAUUCAUAAUUCUAGGCUGGUCUUGUUCUCUCUUGUAUAUCCUCAUCUAUUUAUGCCACGGAGAGUGCAUUUUAUUUAUAAAAUCUUCCUUAGUGACCACUGAUCUUGUGAUUUCAUUUAUAUGCCCAUGUUCUGUUAUACUUAUCUUGUAUUCAAUCAUUUUUACUUUGGCACGACGUCAAGCUAAAGCUGUGAGAUCUAUGUUGAAUGCUACCUCAAACAGACACAGAGCCAAAUUGAAAACAUAA